CGGCGUAUAUGUGAACAUGAGCAUUUCAGAUAAGUUCUUAAAAAGCCACUCAGUGCUGUGUGAUAGUGAAUUAGAUAACACUUUCAUAGACAAAAGCAAGUAUCAGUAUGUCGUAGACAAAAUGCCCACGGUUGAGUUGACGAAGUUAAGUAAAGAUGAAUUCAAUGAUGGUAUACUGAAGCUGGCUGAGUUUGAUGUUAGCAAAAUUGGGAACAAAUCAUGUGGAACAAUAUUUCAUGUUGACAAAGACUCUUUGAAAAUACCAGCUGUAUAUGACGUUCUAUGUGAAAUACUUCUUCACGUAGAUACUGAUGUGCGAUUGAGAGCGUUUAGUGACAUUACUGAAAACUAUUACAACAAGACUUUGUCAAAAUAUGACCUCACAAAGACCAAUUUAGCACCCAGCUAAGGCUGUUCUUACCAUAUGCAAAGUUUGAGAGGUUAUAUCAUUCAUGUAAGAAGAAAAUAUUGAUGAUAUCCAAAAAUCGGCGUUAGAAGUUGAAGAAUGCAUUCAAUAUCCAGUGCUGUAUAGAGAAGAAUGUUAUGCUAUUUAAAGCAUAUCUACAAAACUAAAGAAGCAGAAUUGAUAAGUUUUGAGGCUGUGCCUGCUCAAGAUCUACCUGGAAACCUCGGAAAGUAUUACAAAUAAAGCUGACUGCUAGAAAUGGUACAGAAACGGAAACUCACCGCUUAUUUGCAAAAAUAGUUGAUAAAGACAACCCAGAUCUUAGAGAAUUCUCUAUGGUGCCUUUUGGAAAAGAACAGUUCUUUUUUGAAACUCUGCUAAAAAAGUGCGAAGAACUUGGUUUAGAGGAGCUGACUGAUGUUUGCCCAAAGUGUUACUUCGCUGGCAAUGACAAGCUCCUUUUUGAAGACUUGUCAGUUGACGGAUACAGUUCCUGGAACUUUCAUAUACCAGUCUCCUACAACUGGUUGGAAACAACUGUUAAAAAGUUGGCAAAACUGCAUGCUAUGUCUAUCAUCUUUGAAGAAAAGCUUAGUGAGAAGACUGGAAAGAUAGUAAGACUGAUGAAGAAUUUCCGGAAGGUGUAGCUGAAGCAGCUUUUUUGGAUAGAGAAGAUAUUAGAUCCUUCAGAGAUCUUACAAAAAAUGUGUUGGUGAGUACAUUCUGCCCAGGUGUCUGGGCGAGUCCGAAGGUGAAGACUUGAUACACUUAAGGAGAAGAUCUACGAGGCAUCUGACAGGAUAUAUGUACUCGUACAAAAAUCUGAUAAGAUAAGGAAUGUUUACAGUCAUGGAGACAUGUGGGGAGAUGUUGGUAUUAUCAGUGAAAGGCGUUUUGUUAUUGGGAAAUUUGUAAUUACGGUAGUACUACCCUUCUGUCAGACCAGCUACCCAGCAAGGCGACACCCAGCUCCCGGGGUUAGCCAACGUCAUGUACAAAGAAGAUCAAGCAACUCAAACACCCUCUGCGUACCUCAUAGACUUCCAGCUGACAAGGUACUGUUCUCCAUCAGUAGACCUUAUGUUCCUUCUUUACGCCAAUACAGACCGUACCUCAAGACUAAACAUGUCAAGGAUCUGAUCGAAGUGUACUACAAGGAAUUAACUAAUAUCUUAAGUUCUUACGAAAUUGACGCUGGAAACAUAUUCACCCUGGAGCAGCUGAAAGACUCAUGUCGAGAAGCAGAACCUAGUAUUAUAUGCACAGCUUUGAUGUACGGGCAAUUCCUACUGAUGCCAGAUGAAUUCAAGAAAGAGAUGAUGAGUGAUAAGUGAGGUCCAGAAAAUUUUUCACUGGUGAUAGAAAGGAUGAACUUGAAAAGAUUUGGUAUUAUGGCCCCUUCAGGACCAGGGUUGAAGGACUGAUUGAAGAUGCUAUACGAAUAUUCGACGGAGAAAAGUGAAUAAGAUACUAUUGAAAGUCUACCCACAACAAUUUAAUCGUUUAUAAUAAGUAAGAUCUAUAUUGUUUACAUUUGAGGAGGCCCAGAACAGGAGAUGACACUGCCGCUUUUUAGUUAUUUCACAAAAUUGGGAAAAUAGGUAUCUUAUUAGAUCUGUGCCAUUUGCCAUGUAAUUUUCGUUUUUACCAUAUAUGCCAGUUCUUAAAUGAAAUUUUAUGUAUUUGAAAGCUAUCUUGUAAAUUGACAUAUGACACAUUUGAUUCAAUAGCAUGUAAAUGUCACCAUUUGGCUUCAUAGCUUUGCGAAAUGUCUACGUAUGAGCUGUCGAACAAAUGUUAUGUAAAACACGUUGAGGAAGCAAAUAAAAAUCAUGAUUCAUGCAAACUAUGUUCAUUUGUAUUGUAUUUUACGUCUUUCUGUAAUCAAGGUCGGCCACCUUGGCCGAAAAUAAAAACAUAGAAAACUAUAAAUACUAGUUUAUGCCUAAGCUAUACACUCGCCCUAGAUGGAUAUUCAUAACAAAAACACUUAGAGGUAACUAAUGAUGCUUCUUAAAACUGUAUGCUGUUUGCUGCGUUAUGUCAGUUUGACAGCUGAUGUUUAUAUUCGGAAUUGUUUGAGAAUACGUGAGAAAUAAAACAUUGAUCAUAGCUCGCCAUUUAGCUAUCCUUAAUGUAACCACCCUUAUUGAGUAUGAUAUAAAUAAUGGCAAACGGCUUUCAAUGCCAGCUGAUUCAAAACACAACCAAGAACAAGUCCAUAU